GACCUUUAACCCGAUAUGGCGGCGCCCGUGCUUGGGUCGGGAUCGCGGUGAGGUCGGGCGGACGUGUAUGGGCCAGGCUGCCGCCUUUCUCUCAUCUCUUGCUCCUGCUCGCGCCCUACAGCCCGCGCCAUGUCGAAGCUCAGCCGGGCCACGCGCUCCAUUCGGAAGAUCGAGGGCAGCGGCGUCAUCCGGGCCAUCGUGCGCGCGGGCCAAGCGAUGCCCGGGCCCCCACUGGGACCCAUCCUAGGCCAGCACGGCCUCGCCAUCAGCCAGUUCUGCAAGGAGUUCAAUGAGAAGACGAAGGACAUCAAAGAGGGCAUCCCCCUGCCCACCAAGAUCAUUGUGAAGCCUGAUAGGACAUUUGAGCUCAAGAUCAAUCAGCCCACCGUUUCCUACUUCCUGAAGGCAGCAGCAGGCAUAGAAAAGGGAGCCAGGCAUACAGGCCAUGAGGUGGCUGGCUUGGUCAGCUUGAAGCACGUGUAUGAGAUCGCCCAAGUGAAGGCUCAGGACAAGGCCUUUGCCUUGCAGGACGUCCCCCUGUCCUCGGUCGUCCGUUCCAUCCUUGGUAGUGCCCGCUCACUGGGCAUCCGCGUGGUGAAGGACCUCAGCGCGGAGCAGAUGGCUGCCUUCCAGGAGGAGCGCACCCAGUUCCUGGCGUCCCGGGCCCUGGCAGAUGCUGAAGCCGCCGCAGCUGAGGCGGCCAAGAAAUGAACUUUCUACCUGCCAGGGUCACUGGCUGCAUGCACCUGAGGGGCAGAGAGGGCUCAUGGUCACCUAUGACCCUACUUUACUUUUUAUGUAUCAUAUCAGUCUCUAAUUUAAAGGGCUAAAGAUCCAAUAAAUACUGUAUCAUUUGUUACUUUG